AUGGUGGAUAUUAUUUUUCACUAUCCUUUUCUGGGUACUAUGGGGGAUCAUUCCAAGAAGAAGCCCGGGACGGCCAUGUGCGUGGGCUGCGGGAGUCAGAUCCACGAUCAGUUUAUCCUGCGGGUGUCGCCAGACCUCGAGUGGCACGCCGCCUGCCUCAAGUGCGCCGAGUGCAGCCAGUACCUGGACGAGACGUGCACGUGCUUCGUGAGAGACGGGAAGACCUACUGCAAGCGGGACUACGUCAGGCUCUUCGGCAUCAAGUGCGCCAAGUGCCAGGUGGGCUUCAGUAGCAGCGAUCUGGUGAUGCGGGCACGGGACAGCGUCUACCACAUCGAGUGUUUCCGCUGCUCCGUAUGCAGCCGCCAGCUGCUGCCCGGAGAUGAAUUCUCGCUGCGGGAGCACGAGCUGCUCUGCCGCGCCGACCACGGCCUCCUGCUCGAGCGCGCGGCGGCCGGCAGCCCGCGCAGCCCCGGCCCGCUUCCCGGCGCCCGCGGCCUGCAUCUGCCAGACCCCGGAUCCGGCCGGCAGCCCUCGCUGCGCCCGCACGUGCACAAACAGACCGAGAAGACAACCCGCGUGCGAACCGUGCUGAACGAGAAGCAGCUGCACACUCUGCGGACGUGCUACGCCGCCAACCCGCGGCCCGACGCGCUCAUGAAGGAGCAGCUGGUGGAGAUGACCGGCCUGAGCCCGCGGGUCAUCCGCGUCUGGUUCCAGAACAAGCGGUGCAAGGACAAGAAGAAAUCCAUCCUCAUGAAGCAACUGCAGCAGCAACAGCACAACGACAAGACGAGCCUCCAGGGACUGACCGGGACGCCCCUGGUGGCGGGCAGCCCCAUCCGCCACGAGAGCGCCGUGCAGGGCAGUGCAGUCGAAGUGCAGACGUACCAGCCGCCGUGGAAAGCGCUCAGCGAGUUCGCGCUCCAGAGUGACCUGGAUCAACCCGCCUUCCAGCAGCUGGUCUCCUUCUCCGAGUCCGGCUCCCUAGGCAACUCUUCCGGCAGCGACGUGACCUCCCUGUCCUCGCAGCUCCCGGACACCCCCAACAGCAUGGUGCCGAGUCCCGUGGAGACGUGA